UUCUUAUUGUAUUUUAAUGCAUACAUGAGUCUUAAUGUAUAUAUGCAUAUGUAAAAUAUAAACCAAUUUUUACUCGUUCUGUUGUAUGAUUUUUUCGCUAGAAUGGCUGCAGGACCUAUUGCCGAAAGGAAUCAGGAUGCAACUAUAUAUGUCGGCGGUCUUGACGACAAAGUGUCUGAGACUUUACUUUGGGAAUUGUUUGUUCAAGCUGGACCGUUUACUUCUUUUAUUCCUAAAAAUAAAACUUCUGAUUUCAAUGCUUUCAAAAACUUCAUCACACAAAUGAACGUGCAUAUGCCCAAGGAUCGAGUAACACAAAUGCACCAGGGUUAUGGUUUUGUAGAAUUUCUUAGUGAGGAUGAUGCAGACUAUGCUAUUAAAAUUAUGAAUAUGAUCAAACUCUAUGGAAAACCAAUACGGGUGAAUAAAGCCUCAGCUCACCAAAAAAAUCUGGACGUAGGUGCAAAUAUUUUUAUUGGCAAUUUGGAUCCCGAAGUGGACGAAAAAUUACUGUACGAUACUUUUUCGGCUUUUGGAGUUAUUCUGCAAACUCCAAAAAUAAUGCGUGAUCCAGAAACUGGCAAUUCCAAGGGAUUUGCUUUCAUAAAUUUUUCCAGCUUUGAAGCUUCCGAUGCUGCUAUGGACGCUAUGAAUGGACAAUAUCUCUGUAAUCGACCUAUUUCGGUUUCGUACGCCUUUAAGAAAGAUUCUAAAGGAGAGAGACAUGGAUCUGCGGCCGAACGAUUAUUAGCAGCCCAAAACCCUUCAUCACAUGCUGAUCGUCCUCAUCAGCUAUUUGCAGAUUCCCCAGUACCGAAUAUGGUGGCAGUAAUUCCCGGACAAAUUAUUCCACCACCGCCACUAAUGGCUCCUCCACCUCCGCCUGUGUCUUCAAAUAACAUGUUACCGCCACCUCCGCCGGUUCCCCCUCCACAAGUGACAGGAUUUCCAGCUGCUAUACCUCCUCCUCCGCUUCCACCCCUUUCUACCGGCCAACCACCUUUGCCUCCACCCGUUGGUAUUCCACCGCCACCUCGCAUGGCAGGUUAUACUACAUCACCUCAUCCACCAUUUCCUAAUGGCAUUCCAUCAGUACCAUCCCGUGUUCCUCAGCAUAACUGGAGACCACAAGGAUUUCCAACACCUCCGCCAGUUGGAUACCAAUACUGAUGGCAGAAUUAGCUGCAAAUAUAAUAUUUCGUAAUUUGUUUAAAUGUAUUUAAAUCCGUUAUAAGAAAUAAAACUAAUUUGAAGAUAAAAAAAAUUGCAAUAUA